AUGUCGAAACAUGAGCGGGUGGUUACCAUCACGAAACUAAUCUCUCGCAUGGUUCAGGAUACUCAUAGACUGGUUGCCAUCAAGAAAACGGAAUAUAUUUUCGACGAUUUGGUGGACUGCAAAAGGACGCUGAGGGAAAUAGGAAUUCUAACGAGAUUGUUCCAUAGUAGUAUAAUAAAACUUGUUGAUAUUAUAGUGCCGGAGGAUCUGCUUAAGUUCAACGAUAUCUAUUUGGAAGUAAUGAGAGAUGAUAUUAGAGACUUGGAAAACUAA